AUGGAGCGGAAGCGAGCAGGCUACAGUGUGCAGAGGGACGUCCUGGAUGAAGAAGGUGUGGAAGAGAUGGCAGAAAAAUCUGACAGCAAAACAUCUCUAUGUGAGAGGGUCAGACAGUCUGCGAGGAUCUCUGGCCCCCGGGCGAGGAGCUGCCUGCUGGGCUGUGUUCCCGUCCUGUCCUGGCUGCCUCGCUACUCCAUCAGGGAAAACGCCCUCGGGGAUCUGAUCUCUGGCAUCAGCGUGGGCAUCAUGCAGCUGCCACAGGGUAUGGCCUACGCCCUGCUGGCAGCUGUGCCUCCAGUCUUCGGCCUCUACUCUUCCUUCUACCCCGUCCUCAUCUACUUCAUCUUCGGCACAUCCAAGCACAUCUCGCUUGGUACGUACGCGGUGAUGAGUGUGAUGAUCGGAGGUGUGACGGAGCGGGUGGCACCAGACUCUGACUUCAUGAUGUGGGACAACGUGACCAACUCCAGCAUCAUCGACAUCACAGCGCGGGACGCGGAGAGAGUCCGCGUGGCUGCGGCCGUCACCUUCUUGUCUGGGUUAUUUCAGAUUCUGCUGGGUCUGGUCCAGUUCGGGUUCGUGGUGACGUACCUGUCGGAGCCGCUGGUGCGAGGCUACACCACAGGAGCCGCCAUCCACGUCAUCGUGUCCCAGCUCAAAUACACCUUCGGCAUCAGCCCCAACAGAUACAGCGGCCCCUUCUCCUUGAUUUAUACGGUGUUGGAGGUGUUUUACCUCGUCCAAGAAACAAACAUCGGCACUCUCGUGGUCAGCAUUGUCUCCAUAGUCGGCCUCAUCAUCGUUAAGGAGCUCAAUGCAUACCUCAGCAAAAAACUGCCUGUUCCUAUACCUGUGGAGCUGCUCGCUAUUAUUAUUGCUACAGUGAUUUCCUGGCAGGUUAAUCUGGAGGAGAAAUAUGGAGUGGAUGUGGUGGGAGAGAUUCCCUCAGGUCUGCAGCCGCCUGUUCUCCCGACAGCCUCUCUGUUCGGCCAGCUGAUCGGCGAUGCCUUCGCUCUGUCUGUGGUCGGCUACGGCAUCGCCAUCUCACUGGGACGCAUCUUCGCCCUCAAAUAUGGAUACAAAGUGGACAGUAACCAGGAGCUGAUCGCUCUGGGCCUCAGUAACUCCGUCGGAGGGGUGUUUCAGUGUUUCGCCAUCAGCUGCUCCAUGUCCCGCUCCAUGGUGCAGGAGAGCACCGGAGGCAAGACUCAGGUUGCUGGUGCUCUAUCAGCGGUAGUCAUCCUCAUCAUCACGUUGUGGAUUGGAACCCUCUUUGAAGAUUUGCCGAAGGCGGUGUUGGCUGCCAUCAUCUACGUCAACCUCCACGGGAUGAUGAAGCAGUUCAUGGACGUCCCUGCGCUGUGGAGGACCAACAGAGUUGACAUGAUGGUGUGGCUGGCCACUUUCAUCCUCACGGUGCUUUUCAACCCUGAUCUGGGUCUCGCUGCCUCCAUUGGCUUCUCCAUACUCACCGUUAUAUUCAGGACACAGCUACCCACGUACUCCCUCCUUGGGCAGGUCCCAGGCACAGACAUUUACAGGCCAGUGGAGGAAUAUAAGCAGGUGAGGCAGGUGCCAGGUGUAGUGAUCUUCCGCUCCUCAGCCACCCUCUACUUUGCCAAUGCUGAGAUGUACCAAGAUGCCCUGGCACAGAAGUCCGGCAUCGAUAUCACCAAGAUCCUGUCAGCCAAGAAGAAGCUGGAGGCCAAGAGGAAGAGGCAUGAGAAGAAAGAGGCGAAGAAAGCCAAGAAGGAUGCCAAGAAAAACGCACAGGACAUGAAGGAGGAGCCAGAGAGCCCCGAGAGGACGGACAUCGUCACAAUUGAGGUCGAUGAUCGGCCCGACCCCUCGCUGCCCAGAGCCAUCGUCCUCGACCUCAGCCCCGUCAACUUCCUGGACACCGUGGGAGUCAAGACGCUGCGUGGGAUCCACAAAGACUACGGAGACAUCGGCAUCGAGGUGGUUCUCUCUGGCUGCCAGACUGGUGUGGUGGAAAACCUGCAGUCUGGAGGUUUCUUUAACGACAAAGUGACAAAGUCCUGUCUCUUCUCCACCAUCCACGAUGCCGUUCUACACUGUCAGUCUGCCAGCGCACACAGCCCAGAUGAGGCUCCUUGCUUCACCAACACACCUGCUCCUUGUUGCCAUUAA